GGUGGUCAGUGCUCAUCAUAGUGACUGGUCGACCGGUUGAGUGGUGGACAGGUCAUAACAGUCAUGUAGGCUUUUAUAUACAUAGAUAACAAUGAUGAGAAUGAUGGUGGGACCUAACAGUUUGUAUCUUGUGAGAGUAGUAGUAGUUGAAAAGACUGGAAAGGAUAAGGGAAGUAUUUGAAAAUGUGUCAUAUUUGUGAUUAGAGCAUAUUGGACUUUACCUAUCUUCUGAUUCUAGUGGACCAUCAUUGGCGAGGAAAAGAUUGAGAAUGCUUUGCCAGUUAGUGUUUAUAAGAGGGUUCCUUUAACUAAAGGCAUUCUGUUUGGGGAAGGGAUGAGUGGAGAGUUGUCAUCAAUGGGAGGAUGUAAGAAGAAAAAGAUGCAUGUGUUAUGUUUUGGAGUUAAUGCUCCAUUGUGUCUAACUGACUCUUGCCACCACAUGCAUCUUCAGGCACUUUCCUCAUAGUUACUUGAUAUUUGUAUGCAGCCACUUGGAGAUAAAGUAAAGAAGGGAAAGGUGUGGGGGGAACAAAGCACAAGGGUAUACAGCAAAUAGGAUAUAUUUGGACAAAAUUUAGGAGCUGGACCUUCACAGCUUCUUAUUAUGAAAACCGUUCAAAUAUGAUUGAGUGUAUGUGUUAUAUGUUAUUUAUAUACCAGAAAUAUGGAGACUAUCCCUUUAAUGUGCUUCAUAACCAAUGGAAGAUACUUAGAGUAUAUUACAUGGAAAGUUACUGAAUUUUUCUUUGCAGCCAUUUCUGUAUGUUCUGUCAUUGUUAGAAAGCUGGAGUGACCCAUAUGCCAGCAUUGGCUCCUGCUUAUAAGGCAUUUAAGCAAUGUUGUGUUUCAUCAGAUUGGAAGACAAGUCCUUCUGAUUCCUUUUUUCAAAACUUGGCUCUCACAUGGAGUGCCCUUUAAGCUUCCAGAGUACAAGGACCUUCUCUGUGUCACUCAUUGCCAUAUGCCCAGAGCCUAGAACAGAGCCUAGCAUGUGGAAGGUGCUGAGUAAAUAUUUGUGAAAAGAACAAAAAUAUAUUGGAAUCUUUUCUUUCCGCUAGUGAAGGUCCCACUCACCAUUAGGGGUAGGAACACACCCGUCUUACCCUCUCCACAGAGUCCACAGACCAUGAUGAGCCUUUGAAUGUUAGCUGUUUAUUUUAGUUGGUAGUAGUUUAGUUGGGCAAACAUUGUGUACAGCAUGAUACAUUGUGUACGUGAAACAGCAUGAUAAUUUGGAGCUAAAUAAAACAAAGUAAUAGCUAACAUUUAUGUAGGGUUUUAAAUGUGCCAGAUGCUGCCCUAGGCACCUUUACAUGUUAAUUUAUUUAACUCUCACAACAAUUCUUUGAAAUAGGUUCAUUAUAAUCCCAUUUUUCAAAUGAGGAAAUGGAGGCACAGCAAGGUAAUUAGGUCACUUGCCAAAUAUCACAACGCAAGUAGUAAGUAGGGAGACGGGAUAUGAAACCAGGCAGUCUAGCUCUGAGUUGGUGUGGUUCCUCUGCGGAGUUUUACUUUACCAAAGACAGAAGAGACAUCUAAAAGUUGACACUACCUUCUCAGCUGUAAAAGUUCAAGGUAGCAUAAAAGAUUGCUGUGACUCUGAGCUGCAGAAAUAAUGCUGCAUUUUCCAGAGAGCAGAGGUUGAUAAUGAAGUGGUUUAAGAGGACACUGUAUUUUGAAAUGAGAAACUAAAUUUUGAAUCUCAGAACUGAGUGAGGAUUAAAUGUAACUCUUUAGGUAUGGAAUUCUGAAACAGUAAUUCAUCAGGACAUAGAACAGUGACCUUUAUUUAGUGUCAGAAAACUAAUGUGAAAUAAAGUAAUAUUAAAGACACUUGCUAUCUUACUGUUUUUCUCUUUAAAACACUUACUAGAUUUACACGCUAGCAGUAGUAAUUUACCAGAAUGUGAGUGUUAUUGAUGGUUUCCUGUGCAUGUCUGUCCAUUUGCUUUGUUGUGUCAAAUCUUGAUCCAUUUUUUCAGCUUGUCUUGGGCAAUAGAGUACAUUAUUGGGGCCAAGAAGCCUCUUCAAACCAAGUUAUAUUUCUUUGGUGGGAAAAAAACCACCAUAAAAUUAUGCCAUUGAUUUGUUAACAAACCUGGAGUGAAGUCAUUUUGAAGCCACGUGGAAUUAGAUGAGAGCCCACAAACAAAAUCCAGCAAGAUGAAGAAAAAUGGUGUUCUCUGAAAGCCUAGUUUUGUAUCCCUUUGUCGGGAGCUGACAAUAUUAUUUUGGGGGUGUUGGGCAUCAACAGAGUCACUGGCUCUAAAUGACUGCACAGAUAGGGGAAUACAUACAUCACCCGACCCAGAGCUGAGGAAUCAGAGGAGCAAGUGCCCUUGAAUGAAGCAUGGGCCACAACCCUGGUUAGCAGCCAGGGAGGACACACGCUCUGCAGGCAUCUUACGUUGGAAACAGCACAAUUCGACUCCCAUGUUCUCUUUGAGUAUGAGAGAGAAUCCUAGUUUCAGCAUGUCCCCAAUAGAGACCAAAGAACCAGGAGGAGACAUCACAGCUCUCCCAGAUUGGGAGGAAAAAUAUGGAAUGUGUUUUACCGCUGACUGAACACAACCAAAUGAACUGUACUGACAGUAGUUUGAAAACCAGCAGUUAGCAGUUUGUUCAGGCUCUAACAUUGUCCAGCACUUUCCAGAGCAAACUCACUGUUUACAAGAACUCUCGGCCUUACGACAUUUAUAACCUCAAGCUUCGUUUAUUUAAAAUAUUUCUGCAAAGAAAAGUACCCAGAGCCCACUUUCCAAAAUGGCCGUGGAUGGGUAUUUGUGGAUGGUCAUUUUAGGUUUUAUCAUAGCUUUUAUAUUGGCAUUUUCUGUUGGUGCAAAUGAUGUUGCCAAUUCAUUCGGUACUGCUGUGGGCUCCGGUGUAGUGACCUUGAAGCAGGCGUGCAUUUUGGCUUCAAUAUUUGAAACCACGGGCUCAGUGUUAUUGGGAGCCAAAGUCGGAGAGACCAUUCGAAAAGGUAUCAUUGAUGUGAACCUCUACAACGAGACAGUGGAAACACUAAUGGCUGGGGAAGUUAGUGCAAUGGUUGGUUCAGCUGUUUGGCAGCUGAUUGCAUCCUUCCUGAGACUUCCCAUCUCAGGAACUCAUUGCAUUGUUGGUGCAACUAUAGGAUUCUCACUUGUUGCAAUUGGCACCAAAGGUGUGCAGUGGAUGGAGCUGGUCAAGAUUGUUGCUUCUUGGUUUAUAUCUCCACUAUUGUCUGGUUUCAUGUCUGGCGUGCUGUUUGUACUGAUCAGAAUUUUCAUCUUAAAAAAGGAGGACCCUGUUCCCAAUGGCCUCCGGGCCCUGCCGGUGUUCUAUGCUGCUACGAUAGCAAUAAAUGUGUUUUCCAUCAUGUACACGGGAGCACCAGUGCUCGGCCUGGUCCUUCCCAUCUGGGCGAUAGCGCUCAUCUCCUUUGGCGUGGCGCUGUUGUUCGCCAUUUUCGUGUGGUUCUUUGUGUGUCCGUGGAUGCGGAGGAAAAUAGCAGUAGCUGAAUUUUCUGGCCUAAGUUUUCCAGACAAUCGAUUGAACUCUCCACUUCAUUUUCUCUGUCUAGCUGUUACGUUUUUGUUUCAUUUCCAAACUAUGACUGUACUUUCUUUAGGCAAAUUACGAAAAGAAGGUGCUUUAUCGCGAGUCUCUGAUGAAAGCCUCAAUAAAAUUCAGGAAGCGGAAUCCCCCGUAUUUAAAGAGCUCCCUGGUGCCAGGGCCAAUGACGACAGCACCAUCCCUCUCACGGGGUCGGCUGGGGAGACGUCUGUGGCCCCAGAAGGCACAUCCGUGGUCAACCACCCCCGGGUGGCUUAUGGAAGGGCACUUUCCAUGACUCACGGCUCCACAAAAUCGCCCAUCUCCAAUGGCACAUUCGGCUUCGACGGCCACACGAGGAGCGACGGCCACGUGUACCACACGGUCCACAAAGACUCGGGGCUCUACAAAGACUUGCUGCACAGAAUCCACACAGACAGGGGCUCCGAGGAGAAGCCCGCCCCGGAGAACAACUACAGGUUCCUGCGGCGGAACAACAGCUACACUUGCUACACGGCGGCCAUCUGUGGGAUGCCGGUGCACUCGACCUUCAGAGCUGCUGACCCGUUGCCUGCCCCCGAGGACAGUGAGAAGCUGGUGGGUGACACCGUGUCCUAUUCUAAAAAGAGACUUCGCUACGACAGCUACUCCAGCUACUGCAAUGCGGUAGCCGAGGCUGAGAUAGAGGCAGAGGAGGGAGGUGUGGAGAUGAAGCUGGCGUCUGAGCUGGCAGAUCCUGCCCGGCCUCGAGAGGACCCUGGGGAAGAAGAAAAAGAUGAGAAAGACACAUCCGAGGUCCACCUCCUGUUCCACUUUCUGCAGGUCCUUACUGCCUGCUUUGGAUCCUUUGCACAUGGUGGCAAUGAUGUGAGUAAUGCCAUUGGUCCUCUGGUAGCUUUGUGGCUGAUUUAUGAACAAGGUGGAGUCCUGCAGGAAGCACCUACUCCCAUCUGGCUGCUGCUUUACGGAGGAAUUGGAAUCUGUACGGGGCUCUGGGUUUGGGGAAGAAGAGUGAUCCAGACCAUGGGGAAAGACCUCACUCCGAUCACGCCAUCCAGCGGCUUCACCAUUGAACUGGCCUCCGCGUUCACGGUGGUGAUCGCCUCCAACGUGGGGCUUCCUGUCAGCACCACUCACUGCAAGGUGGGCUCCGUGGUGGCUGUGGGCUGGAUCCGCUCCCGGAAGGCCGUGGACUGGCACCUCUUCCGGAACAUCUUUGUGGCCUGGUUUGUGACUGUCCCCGUGGCUGGGCUGUUCAGUGCUGCUGUCAUGGCUCUCCUUGUGUACGGGAUCCUUCCAUAUGUGUGAUUUGUCUUCUUCCAGUCAGCCAGCGAGGGAGGUUCUGGCAUGGGGAUGUGUGGGAGGCGUGUGCCCACAUUUCUCACACACACACACGUCCUGCCCACGCACGGGCUGCCUCCCAGCCAGCUUCUCCACGCCCUGCAGGUGGUUCCAGACCACAGUUCACCUAGGUGGUAGUCAUCCUCCAGAGCUAACUUAACUACUGUACAUAUCAUGUGCAUUAAACUGGUAUCGUGGUGACAUAACAUGGUGCAGUUACUUAUAUAUUAAAUACAUAUUGUAUACAUAGAAUAGGUAGCAUUAUUGCAAAUAUAUCCAAAAUGGGAGUGGAGAGAAUUGCCUAGAAUUCAAUAUUCAGCAGAUCUUUGUACAUAGUGAUUUCAGUGGCAAAUUUUGAGAACCUUUUAAAAGGAAAGUGUAGAUUGGAAAAUGCUAUUGUUCCCAUUUAACAUACUGUAAGAUAACUGAGAGAUGUAUGAUACAAAUUUGGGAGGUGUGCGUAUGUUGAAGUGAUAUUGAAUAAUAGUGGAACAGGAGUUCCCAAGUGCUUUCACUGAAGUUUGUUCAUAUACUGUGUAUUGAUUAUGUAAUAUAUCAUAAUUGCUUCUGUAAAUACUUAAAACUGUAAUUUUUAAUGAUGUGCGCUUCCUAGCUUUUUUGAUCAGAGAAUUUUUGGAGAGUACCAAAGAAGCAGGGGAAUAGUUUGCCAGUAUUAUAUUUUCAUAUUGUUUGUCUCCCCUCCUCAUGAAUCCUACCUUUAACUUGGGAUGUAGCAAUACUGCCAGGCUCUGGCCUGCCCCAGCAGUGUGUGCGGUGAGGCACCGACCCCAUCGUGUACACGUCCCACUUCCGGUUCCCUGUCCCACCCUCCCCCACCACUGCUGCCACAUGCAGGUAUCAGUCAGCCCUGCCGUGGCCGUUCAUUGUCAAUGUAGAGAAUGUACAGAGGACAUGCACUCGAGCACUACAUAUCAAGUCCAGUUCUAAUUUUCACUCCUUUCUCCCCUGCAGCCGCAGGAAUUCUUGUCUCAAACAUUGAGGCAAAUACUUUGACAUUCUAGAAAUUUGGGAGAGGGGCGGUUGAAAUAUCAGAUAAUACACUGGAUUUGAGGAUUUCCUUGAGGCCUUCACUAAGCUGAACAUCUUGAUGCUCACUGUAUCCCAUUGGAUUAUUUUUUGAUAGCGGGAGGAAGUAUGACUAAUGUUAGAGCCUGAAACUGAAAAUGCUGCUAAAAUUUUUAUAUUGACAGACAUUUUCUCGGUACUUCAUUGUGAUUUUUCAUUAAUCAACCAUAUUAAAUUUAUAAUUAAAAAAAUGCCCCUCAA